GAUAAAGCCCAUUCGCUUCCACUGCCAUAUUUAAGCCACUGGAACGUUUACUACGUUCCGCUUUGCGGCAAACGUAAGUCUCGCGUUAACUGGUUACAGAUGAAGCUAAGGUUUAAACGCUUUGUCCGUCUUUGUAAACCGUUCACUCCCCUGAACCAACGUUUAUUGAGGAAAUCAGCAUUUUUACCUCGCGCAGACACAGGAGCUGCUGCUCCAGAAUGUGGUAUGGAGGCUCCCAAUAUAACCAAGGUGGUCCUGCUGGCCUGCGGCUCCUUCAACCCCAUCACCAACAUGCACCUGAGGAUGUUUGAACUGGCUCGAGAUCAUCUGGAAGACACUGGUCAGUACAGGGUGUUGAAAGGCAUCAUCUCUCCAGUGGGUGAUAGCUAUCAAAAGAAGGGUUUGGUUGAGGCCUCCCAUCGUCUGGAGAUGGCCAAACUGGCCACAGAGAACUCGGACUGGAUCACUGUAGAUUCCUGGGAGACUGAGCAGCCUGAGUGGGUGGAGACAGCGAAAGUUGUCAGGCAUCACUAUGAGGAACUGCUUGCCCUGGAGCAGAAGAGCGAUGACACAGAUACAGUUAAAUACGCCAAAAAGAGACGCAUAGAGGAGAAUUGUUUUCAAUCUUCAUCUCAUCAGAAAAUGAGAGACGGCCCACAGCUGAUGUUGCUGUGUGGAGCUGAUGUUCUAGAGACCUUUGGGGUACCCAAUCUGUGGAAGCAGGAGGAUAUUGUUGAGAUUGUUGGCUACCACGGUUUGGUUUGCAUCACCCGCAGUGGCAAUGACCCCCACAAGUUCAUCCACCAGUCAGACAUGCUGUGGAAGUAUCGCAAAAACAUCCACAUUGUCCAUGAGUAUGUGACCAACGACAUCUCUGCCACCCACGUGCGCCGGGCGCUUCGCCGAGGUUGGAGUGUCAGGUACCUGCUGCCAGACGCCGUGGUUCACUACAUUCAAGAGAGCGACCUUUACAGUGCAGAGAGCGAGCAGAAAAAUGCUGAUGUGGUUCUAGCUCCUUUUCAGAGAUACACAGGAGCUUCCUCAAGCUGAAGAUAUCACGGCUGAGCCGUCUACAACAAGACCCAUGGGUUAACUGUGAUUUAGAAACAAGUCAGCUCCUCAGGUGCCUACUUUACACAGAAGUCUCUUUUAAUGGUAUGUGUGUGUUCUUGUAUUUGUCACCUUUUUCUGACCUAAACACUGACCUUGUUAGGAUAGUCAUAGAAACAAACUGAAAAACUGGCUAGUUUCUGGCUAAGAUUUGAAUUGUGGUUAUGUUAGGGUUAGACAUGAAUUGGCUAAGGUUAGGGACAAGGCCUUGUCUCCUAAAUAAGUCAAGUUCAGUCAAGACAAUGUUGUUUCUAUAACAACCCGGGUUUACCAAAGUGCUUUAUAAUGUAAAAGGUACAACAGCAAAGUACGAAACAAAAACUUUAAACACAAAAAAUCAUAUAAGUGAAAUGGUAAAUCUAGUUAUAGCUGAUAAAAUAUUCUUAUCCUGAAUGUGAUGGUGUAAAUCAAGAAGAAUAGCUGUGUAAACCUGAGUGUGUAUGUGUUUUAUAAUACAUACACAUGUUUUAUAAUAUGAUAUAUAAUUUGUUUUUCUAUCACUGAUGCCGAUCUUUAAAAUUACAUCUCUCUUUUAUUUAAGGAGGAUGAUAUUUCAAAAUCAGCAUGAUUAACCAGCCCAACCAAUUCAUCAGUCAAACUCAAGCCUUCAUAAAUUUUUCUUAGAGUGACGUGAAGUGAUGGUUUUCAUAGUUGCAAUUUUCCAUGAAUAAACGUGUGU